AAAACUUCACCUCUUCUCUCAUCGUAUGCACAAACAACUUCAAACUUCGUUAGUUAUAAUUUUACCAAUACCAAUAUCUCAAGUUCUCAACAAAGCUCUAAAAAUUCACAAAUGGAUUCUCCAUUCUACGGUAACUAUUGGUCCCACCCAGCUCACCCUCGCUAUUCCUCAAACAUGAGAGGAAUUCCAGUCCAAUCAAUCCACCAUCAACCUACCGAAAUCAAACCGACCCCAAAGGUUGUCCGGAUUCCCGUUCACUUUGUCGGGUCGGAAAAACCCGAGCCUGACCGGUCCGGUUCAGCGUUAAGGAUCCAGAAGGUAUUCAGAGGCUAUUUGGUGAGAAAAAGCGUGAAGAAAAUCCUGUCAAUAAGAAAAGAAGUGGAAGAUAUUGAACAGAAGCUUUUAUGCAGCGAAAAAGCGGAGUUUAUUCGUAAAGACGAAAAGGAAAGGUUACGUGUGAAUGAGACGCUUAUGUCUCUGCUUUUUAAAUUGGAUUCCAUUCGUGGUGUUGAUUACGGUGUUAGAGAGUUGAGAAAGGGUGUGAUUAGAAAGGCUAUCUAUUUGCAAGAGAAAAUUGACUCCAUUGUAUCAACAAAUCAAAGUGAUCCGAUGGAGCAGACUGUGGAUGUAGACAAUCAAGCGGCAGCAUCAAAUUAUACGACAAAUGAUGUAGAGAGCGUACACAGUGUAGAACGGUCGAUUGUGAAGUGCGAAGAGUUGCAGGAGAAAUCGACAAAUCAAAGUGACGUUUAUGAUCCGAUCGAGCAGAGUAUGGAUCAAGGGGAACCAAAUUAUACGACAAAUGAUGAGAAAUCAACGGUAAAGGAGGAAUGUAUUGAAGGAGUUAAUGAUGAUGAGAAUGAAACGAGGGAAUUAGAGGAGAGUAUAAGGAACAGAGAGUUGUUGGAGAAGAUGGUGGAAAAGAAUGAGAAGAUGGUGAGAAUGAUGAAUGAAUUGUGCCAGAGAAAUGAAGUACAAACGAAGACGCUGAAUUCGCUGACGCAGAGGGUGGAUCAAUUAGAGAAGGCUUUCAUAUGUGAUAGGUUGAAGACUAAGAAGAAGAAGAAGAACAGGCAUCCUGCUUAAUUAAUUCCUCUGCUCUAGCAAUUCCUUGAUUGUCUCUCUCAUUUUCUUUUCUCUCUUUCUUGUGCUUUUAUAUUUCGCCCCGUGAUUUUGAGCAUCUACUAGUGAAAAAACAACGAUUUUGGAAUGUGAUUGUGACAAUGGAGUUUCCUUA